AUGGCCCCGGAAAACGAAAUCGCCACCGUAGCGGUGGUGCGCAACGAGAAAGAAGAUUCGACCAAACAGACUGAAGAACCCAUUCAAUACGACCAAAAUAAGAAACAUGAUAGCACCUAUCCUCCCGAACAAACUCGCACCAACCCCGUUGGCAGACGCCUGGGCGCUCUGGUCCGGUCGUUUGAGCAGCAGCUCGUGGAAUAUAAUUUUGAGGCGCGGGGCAUUGAGCGAGUUGCGGCGGAUGAGCGCAUGGAACGGCUAUCAUGGGUAUCAUACCUACAGGCAUUCUUGCUCUGGGUAUCCAUCAACCUCGCUGCCAAUAAUGUUACUCUGGGAAUGUUGGGUCCCGCCAUUUAUGGACUCAGCUUCCGCGACGCUUCGCUAUGUGCUGUCUUUGGCUGCUUCGUCGGUUCCUUGGUCUCAUCGUGGAUGGCGACCUGGGGCCCGAUUUCUGGCAUUCGAACUAUGGCAUUCGGCAGAUACUCGAUGGGCUGGUGGCCCAGCAAGAUCAUUGUCUUGCUAAACCUGAUUCAAAUGAUCGGAUACUGCUUGAUUGACUGUGUCGUCGGAGGUCAGAUCCUUUCUGCGGUCUCACCAGGAGGCAUGUCCGUUGCUGUCGGAAUUGUCAUCAUCGCAAUUAUCAGCUGGGCUGUGGCUACAUUCGGCAUCCAAGUGUUUCACUACUAUGAGCGAUUUGCCUUUCUGCCCCAGCUGAUUGUAAUCUGCAUUCUUUUCGGCGUCUCAUCUUCGAAAUUUGACCUGUCCACUCCUUCCGUGGGUGAUGCCCGGACGCUGGCCGGUAACAGGCUAUCCUUCUUCUCCAUCUGCCUCAGCGCAGCAAUCACCUACGCCCCUCUAGCUGCAGACUUCUUCGUCUAUUACCCAGAGCACACUUCCCGCCUCACAAUCUUCUCCCUCACCCUAACCGGCCUAAUCUGCUCCUUCACAAUGGCCAUUGUGUGCGGUAUCGGCCUCGCCUCCGGCAUCAACUCCUUCCCCGAGUACGCAACCGCCUAUAACAAAGGCCAAGGAGCCCUGAUUGUCGAGGGCUUCGGACCCCUCCACGGCUUCGGCAAGUUCUGCUCCGUAAUAAUCGCCCUCGGCCUCAUCGCCAAUACUGUUGCGCCCACCUACUCCGCCGGUAUCGACUUCCAGAUCCUGGGCCGCUAUGCCGAAAAGGUACCUCGCGUAAUUUGGAACACCAUCGGCGCCAUCAUCUACAUCGUCUGCGCACUUGUCGGUCGCAGCAAUCUCUCUGAGAUCUUUACCAACUUCCUGGCUCUGAUGGGAUACUGGGUUGCGAUCUGGACUGCCAUCAUUCUUGAAGAGUUUUUGAUUUUCCGACGUCGGACUGGCUUUAAUUGGGAUGCAUGGCGAGAUCCGUCUAAGCUUCCCAUUGGCGUUGCAGCCUUCACUGCUUUCGUCGUGGGAUGGGUUGGUGCGAUCCUGUGCAUGGCUCAAGUGUGGUAUAUCGGGCCGCUUGCGAAGCUGGUUGGCGAGUAUGGUGCCGACAUGGGUAAUUAUGUUGGCUUUUCAUGGGCCCUACUCGUUUACCCACCCUUCAGAUACAUGGAGUUGCACCUUAUCGGCCGCUAG